AUGGGUCCUUCCCGCCGGAACCUCCGUUCUCACCACCAUGCUUCCUCCUCUUCCUCCGCCGCCAUUAAUGAACCAUUCCGACCAGCAUUCGACGUGCUCGAUGUCGAUCAUGAUGGAAGAAUAAGCCGCAAUGACCUUCAAUCGUUCUACCACAGGUUUUGCCAUGAAGUAGACGACGACACAAUCGGGUCGAUGAUGACGGCGGCGGACACCAACAAAGACGGGUUCGUCGAGUAUGAAGAGUUCGCGCGCAUGUUGGAAAUAGCAGUCUGUGGCGGUUGCGGCGGCGGAGUGAUGAAGGAAGUGUUUAGAGUCAUGAACAAGCACGACGGCGACGGCAAGCUCAGCCACAAGGAUCUGAAAAGCUUCAUGGAGUGGGCUGGGAUCGCCGUCACCGACCAAGAUAUUGACGAUAUGAUCGCACUUGGCGGCGGCGGUGACCGAAGCGACGGCGUAAGCUUCGAUGGUUUUAUGCAAAUACUAAAUCUUGAGCCUUGA